UUUUUCUGCCAUGUUUUUCGCUGUAGCCGCAAUCUGCCGAAAAUCAUUGAAUUUUCACACGAAGCUUCCAAGAAUUAAUUCUGAGGUCGCCGAAAAAAGACGAUGACUUUAAAGGUAUAUAUUGGGCGAAGAGGGUAGAGAUCCGGGACUCAGAAGAACCGCCGAGAGGAGAGGAGCCUCAUGGCAACGACGAUGGCCUACGGAGCAGUCAGCCCAGUCGCGCCAGCGUGGCUAAACAAAGGCGACAACGCGUGGCAGAUGACGGCGUCGACUCUCGUCGGCAUCCAGAGCAUGCCGGGGCUUGUGAUCCUCUACGCCAGCAUCGUCAAAAAGAAAUGGGCCGUCAACUCGGCCUUCAUGGCCCUCUACGCCUUCGCCGCGGUGCUCAUCUGCUGGGUUCUCCUCUGCUACCGGAUGGCCUUCGGCGACGAACUCCUCCCCUUCUGGGGCAAGGGCGCGCCGGCUCUCGGCCAAAAGUUCCUCACCCACCGAGCCAAAGUCCCCGAGAGUAAUCACACUACUGAGAACGGUGGCUACGAGGUUAUUGAGCCUUUUUAUCCCAUGGCUACGCUCGUCUACUUCCAAUUCACUUUCGCCGCCAUUACCAUGAUUUUACUAGCUGGCUCUGUUCUCGGGCGCAUGAACAUCAAGGCCUGGAUGGCUUUCGUCCCUCUUUGGCUUGUCUUCUCCUACACUGUCGGCGCCUUCAGUCUCUGGGGCGGCGGCUUUCUGUACCACUGGGGUGUCAUCGAUUACUCCGGCGGCUACGUCAUCCACCUUUCUUCAGGAAUCGCCGGUUUCACUGCCGCUUAUUGGGUUGGGCCGAGGCUAAAGAGUGAUAGGGAGAGGUUUCCUCCGAACAACGUCUUACUCAUGCUCGCCGGCGCCGGGCUCCUGUGGAUGGGCUGGUCGGGUUUCAAUGGCGGGGCGCCAUACGCCGCCAAUAUUGACGCUUCAAUAGCAGUACUAAACACGAACAUAUGUGCGGCGACGAGUCUUCUCGUCUGGACGUCUCUUGACGUCGUUUUCUUCGGGAAGCCUUCAGUGAUAGGAGCCGUUCAGGGGAUGAUGACCGGACUUGUUUGCAUCACUCCGGGAGCAGGGUUGGUGCAGUCGUGGGCGGCCAUAGUGAUGGGAAUGCUUUCUGGAAGCAUUCCAUGGGUGUCCAUGAUGGUCCUUCACAAAAAGUCUAGUCUUCUGCAAAAGGUGGACGACACCUUAGGUGCGUUUCACACGCACGCAGUGGCGGGCCUGUUAGGCGGGCUCCUCACCGGACUUUUCGCAGAGCCGGAGCUUUGUGAUUUGAUACUCCCAGUGCCCAACACGAGGGGUGCAUUCUAUGGUGGAAAUGGAGGGAAGCAAUUCUUGAAACAACUGGUUGCGGCAGCGUUUGUGGCAGGUUGGAACUUGGUGUCGACGACAAUAAUACUUCUAGGUAUAAGGUUGUUUAUUCCGUUAAGGAUGCCAGACGAGCAGCUGGCGAUCGGAGACGAUGCUGUGCAUGGAGAGGAGGCUUAUGCUCUUUGGGGCGAUGGGGAAAAGUAUGACCCAACAAAGCAUGGUUGGAAUACAUCAUUGUAUUCGCAGGACAUAGCACCAUCGCCAUACAUUAAUGGUGCAAGAGGUGUGACCAUCAACUUGUAGACAUCAGUUUUUUUGUAUAAUACGGUGAGUUAAUGUGAUUAAUUUGUAUAAUAUUACAAGUUAUACAAUGGUUUUGUAUAAUAUUUCAUAUACACCGUCGUACUGUAAUCUUUAUACAAAUCUUUUAAUGGAUAUAUAUGUUGUAAUAACAA